CUAUCAAUUAUUUUCUUUAAUAUAUUCUUUCUAACUUUGAUAGCAUUUUUUCACACAAUAUGAAUGCACCAUGUGAGGAAGUGUGUGGAUGGUACACAGUCUUUGUGCCCUCACCCAACACCUUUCAAGUUUCCUCUUUUCAAGUAUGUUUUAAUGUAGGCAUACACCUUUAAUCUAUCACAGUGUAAACUUCACAGUUUUUCGGUGUGUUCACACAGGAAGACACUGAUUAUUCAUUCAUCCAAUGACCAAUACUGUUCACAUAACUAAUGAAUCAGUAACCAGUUGACUAGGCACAUUUACCCAAAAUACAAGAGAGUCGUCAAAGCCAGACCCGAGGGAAACGAAAUGUUUCGGAAUUGAGGACAAACAUGUUGUUGUAUUGAAGUGUUGUUUUUAUGAAUGCAGAAGAUCGUCUCCAGAUUAUUUAUUGAAAGGAACUGCUAACGUAAUGUUUAUUUUUGCAUUACUUUGUGAUGGACAAGCUUGGGUUUCCAUUCGUAUGUCCUCACAGACCUCCCUAUGUCAGCUGUAAUCCCUGACACCAUCCUGCAAUGUCCCAGCACUGCUCUUACAAAUAGUAUCUAUUCUGCAUGUAUUAAGGUAUUUCAGGGAAAGAAACUACAGUCGAAUGAGCUGUACACUAUAAAUGAAAAUAUCAGAUGGCUUCUAAGGACAAACAUGGGCUCAUUUAUCAAGGAAUAUUUUCAGAAUCAGAUUCUGACCAAAGGUCUAUCAGUCAUUUUGGAAGAGAUUCAAACGCAUGAAGGGGAGAAACAGCUCCUUGUUUUGGCACAGACGUGGGACAGAUUUUUUUGUGAAAUCUUACCUACCAUACAGGCAAUUUUCUAUCCUCUGCAGGGUCAAGAGUUGACAGUCAGACAGAUGGCUCUUCUAAGCUUUAGGGAUCUGGUACUAAUAAAGCUGUCUUUGGGUGACCUGCUGCGCAAAAACAUGCCCCUCAUCCCCGCAUCCAUCACACAGAUGCUACUUGUGCUACAGGGAAUCCAGGACCCCAGAGGCCCCUCGAAGAAUUAUUGCAAACUUGAGAGUAUGGUGGCAAUGGUGGUCACACCCUAUUUAUGUAACUGCAGGCACACAAGCUGCACUGAUCGAAGCCACAUGACAGCUCCGCUCGGCCAACCCGAGAUAAGGAUUACUCAUUACAUCUCCGAAAGCUCUUUGCUAUCACCUGUUGUGGAACAGGAAGGAGACGUGUACCAAGAACGAGUGGGAAACAAACGACGUCACAGUGUGACAAAUGCCCAUUCUGACAUCCAGCUGCUUUCUGUUACUAGUAGGGUGUAUUCUGGGAUGGGUGACAGCUGUGAGACCAUAGAUGGGACUAGGGCACAUCUCUGACGCAACUUGAAUCAGUCACAUGUUCUGAGAGCGUUUGUGAGAUUUCUGGAUUGUUUUUGUCACAGUAAACAGAAUUAGGCUAAAAUUCACUUUUAAAACACAUUUAUGAGCACUGCAUUGUGGAUGAUACAAAGAAAAAUAAGAUUGUUGUAUUUCCAGUGUCAACACGUGUCAGAUUAAUUAACAUGAUUAAAAAGACACUUAUAUUUGUUUUAGCCAAAAUUAUUAAAAGCACAUAGACCACUUACACACAAGCUUUGUCAGGCAUGAUUUCAAAAUCACCUUAAUAAGACUUAAGGUGAAUGAAUUAAGAAACUUAGUAAAGUAUGCAGCUCCUCUCGGCUGGUUUACAGGUAAAGCUUGUUACUCAACUUUGUUGCAAUGAACAGUUUUUGGCCGGGUUGCAAAACGGUUCUAUAAAAAUGAUUGUUAAACCUCAUUAAAUACAUACAACAUUAAAUGAUAGACUUAUACAGAUAACAAAAUCUACUGUUGUGUUUCUGGUUGUGUGUGACAUAUUUGCAGUUGAAUAGUAUUGUAAAAAAAAUAAACUUGUGAACACUUUG